AUGUCGUACUUAAACAAUCCUGCUGUUGUCAUGGACAACGGUACUGGGCUGACCAAGCUCGGCUUCGCCGGUAAUGAUUCUCCCUCAUGGGUGUUCCCCACUGCCAUAGCCACAGCUGCACCUUCCAAUACAAAAAAAGCUUCAGGCGUUGGUACUUCUUCAGCAGCUGGUAAUGAGGCGUCUUAUUUUGGUAAUUCUACUUCUGCUACCAAUUUCAACGGCGCAACAGGUGGAUUGCUAUCCAAUAACUUGUCGGGUAAAAGAGGUACGGAGGAUCUGGAUUUUUAUAUCGGAAAUGAGGCUUUGGUAGCAUCGCAAGGGCCUUCUUACUCUUUGAGUUAUCCAAUUAGACAUGGUCAAGUAGAGAACUGGGAUCACAUGGAGAGAUUCUGGGAAAACUCUAUUUUCAAGUAUCUAAGAACAGAACCUGAAGAUCACUUUUUCCUAUUGACCGAACCACCACUGAAUCCUCCCGAAAACAGGGAGCAAGUUGCUGAGAUCUUUUUUGAAUCGUUCAAUUGUGCUGGUCUAUAUAUUGCUGUGCAAGCAGUUUUGGCUCUGGCCGCUUCUUGGACCUCUUCGAAAGUUACGGAUAGAUCACUGACUGGUACUGUUAUAGACUCUGGUGAUGGUGUGACUCAUGUCAUUCCUGUGGCGGAAGGUUACGUUAUUGGUUCUGCGAUCAAGAAUAUUCCGAUUGCCGGCAGAGACAUCACGUUGUUCAUCCAAUCCUUGUUAAGAGAGCGUGGUGAGGCAGACACUUCCUUGAGAACCGCAGAAAAGAUUAAGCAAGAGUAUUGUUAUGUCUGUCCAGAUAUUGUAAAGGAAUUUAAUAAGUUUGAUAGAGAUCCCUCCAAAUUUGCUCAAUUUGUGGUGGAAAAUCAAGAAAAGACAAGGAGAAAAGUUGUAGAUAUUGGUUAUGAAAGAUUUUUAGCUCCAGAAAUUUUCUUCAAUCCCGAAAUUGCAUCAUCUGACUUUUUGACACCUUUGCCCACGGUGGUAGAUCAAACUAUUCAGGCUUGUCCUAUUGAUGUCCGUAAAGGCUUAUAUAACAAUAUCGUACUAUCAGGUGGAUCGACCAUGUUCAAGGAUUUUGGACGUCGUUUACAAAGAGAUUUGAAAUCUAUUGUAAAUAACAGAAUUGCGCAAAGUGAACUAUUAAGCGGGACUAAAUCAACUGGUGUAGAUGUUUCCGUGAUUUCCCAUCGAAAGCAGAGAAACGCUGUUUGGUUUGGAGGUUCACUACUGGCACAAACCGCUGAAUUCAAAGGUUAUUGUCACACUAAAAAAGACUAUGAGGAAUAUGGUCCGGAAAUUGUUAGAAAUUUCAGUCUUUUCAACAUGGUUUGA